AUGACAAAAAGAGAGUCGAUGAAGAGAAAGAUACCAGAGCUCAACUUUGAUGAGUUUGAAAACAAAUCAUUGGAGCAAUGUAUAGAAUUUCUCUCAAAAAUCGAUAGAUGUUUAUGGACUUUUUGGAAAGGUGAAGUAGAAGAAUCAGCGUUGGAUGUGAUUGAUGUAAGCAAGAUCAAUGUUUCAAAAGAAGGUGUCAUCAUUAAAAAUGCAUCACCACAGUCUACGACACCAUUGACUUCAAACUAUAGUCCGAAUCUAGCACCGAGUAAACCAACAAAGGUUCUCAAACUAAAACAAUGGGCACCUCUUCGAAUACAAGCUCCUUCUAUAUGUCAACCAUACGAUCUAUCAGGUCGACCAAACACCUUUUCUCCUCAAGUACUUCAAUCAUCUCUAUUAAAGGAACCUCAUUCUCAUAUAAAGUCUUUAGAUCCUAUCCCUGAUGGUAAAGUUAUGGAAUUGGCAUAUUUGAAUCAAUCGAUUGCAUAUAUUCAACAAGUGAUUGGUCUUUCAAAAGGUACUACAACAUUACCAAUUGGAGAAUAUUCAACACAUAAUAUUGGAGAAUUAUUACAUAGUACAAAAGCAUUACCAAAAUCGAUACAAUCAUGUUUAGAUAGACAAAGCAACCAUAACAUAUUUUUCACAAACAAUGGCUCGAUUGAAUUAAGACCAUACUUGCCAUUUCUAACAAGAAGACAUUUCUUUCCAAACUCUGUAUAUACAACCAAACCGAAUCACUUUCUAAACAUUUUACCAAGUCCAAACGAUACCUACCAUGUACCAUUUUCACAACUCGAAAUCAAUAUCCUUUUACAACACUUGCCCAAUCUCGUAUCUGGGCAAGUCCCAAAGAUUCAACAACUCUAUCACCUUUGUAAAAAUCAACUCUAUGGUCGUGUUCCCAUAGAUGUCUAUCGCUAUUUGGAAGAUAUUAGAUUGGGUCUUGAAGAAUUUAUCCCAACAAAUCCAAACCAAACUAUAGUUUAUACUCCUAAAAAAGAAAAAUUUUCAACUGAAAUGUGUCUAUAUAAACAAUCAUUUGGAAUAUCAAAGCCUAGAUCAUCAAACAAAAAGAUUAUUGGAUCUCUUAUUGAUGAUAUGUCAUUUACUCAUUCAUAUUCACCAUCAGGUCAUCCAGUCAUUGAUGUUAAAAUUGAUCCAACUGGUAAAACUAAUAAGAUUUUAGCAUUAUCAACAGAUAAACCAAAUGAAGCAACUUUAUAUGAUUUUUUAACAAAUGAAACGAUUAAAUUAGAACAUCAUGGUACACUUUGUCCAGAGGGUCAUUUUUCGAUAGAUGGUAAUGAAGUAUUGACUUGUGGAAGUGAUGGAUCAAUGGUUGUAUGGGACGUUCAUGAUGGCAAAAAAUUAUUUUCACAUGGUCUUCCAAAUGACCAUGCUCUGCGUAUUGCAAUUCAUCCAGAAAUGACAUUGGCAGCAACUGGUUACAAAGAUAGUAAAUCAAUCAUCAUGACCAACUACAAAAACUAUGUAUGCGUUGAUUUGACAGCACCUCAAAAACCAGAAAAGAAUUGGCCUGCUGAAGUUUCAGAUCUUUGUUUUGGUAAUGGUGUUUACAAUAAUUAUCUAUUAUGUGGUUUAUAUAAUUCAAGUGAUGAUGAUGAAAAUGAUAGAAAAGAUGCUUUUUGCAGUUUAAUUAAUAUUAACAAACCAGAAGUAUAUACAUUAUUUCAUACAGCACACAAGGAGAUUUCAAAUGUUGCAUGGAAUCCUAAAAGUUCAGCAGAAUUUGUUGUUGGAUCAACCGAUGGAUAUCUUACGACCUAUGACAUUAGAUGUUUGGAUAAACCAACUCGUAGUAUAUUGACAGGCCAACUCGACUCUAAUCUAAUUAGUUGGAGUCCGUGUGGAGCCUAUUUAGUUUAUUGUGGCUCCGGUAAUUGUCCUUUGGUUUAUGACAAGAGAUAUAUCGACAAACCAUUGAUAGUUCUCAGUCACGAUGUAUUUGACAUGGAAUCUGGUGUGGUAUCUCAUUCUACUUGGUCAAAACAAGGAAACUUUUUAAUUACAUGUGGCGACGAUUGCUGUGUUAGAGUGUGGGACAUUUCAAAGGGUGAUCCCUAUGUUAAAUGCUUUAAAAAUCAUAAAUCACAAGUUAAUUUUGUUGACAUUUCUCGCGACAGUGACUUUAUUGUCAGUGGCGGUGAUGAUGGUCAUGUCAAUAUUUACAGUACUAGGCCCGAAGGCAAUAUAUUUUAUUAA